AACCUCUGCCGGCGUUGAAGAUGGAGGAGAGUGUGGCGGCUGUGAUGGAUAAGGAAGAUAGUGAACAAAAUAAUUGUGACGAUAAAGAUUCUAGCGAAAGCCAAAGCGACCACGAGGACGACGACGACCUUUUAGCCCCAGCAGCCGAAGUAGAACUGGUACAACAAAAAACCGCUAGAAAAAGUUGUAAAACAGGAGGACGAGAGUUGUCGGCAUCUACAUCGUCUCCAUCCGGGCAGCUGCUGGGUAGCAACUUGAAUUAUAGCAGUGGCUUUGCGGCCGCACAAGAAUCGGCCGCGUCGGCCUCUUCUACUCCACCCCGAGGGCGGCCUGGUGAACAAUUUUCGAACAUGUUACGGCCGAUUCCACUUGUUGACAACGACGAGGCAGAGGUUGAGGAGAGUCUGGGUGACAGUUGUGCAGAGGAAGUGGUCGUACAAUCCUCGUCUCCAGUAGGAAAUAAAGAUAAAGACAGAGAUAAACUACAGUCCCAGUCCUCCACCACACGUUCCUCGCGAGCUUCUCGUGCUGGCUCUGUGGUACAGAAGAAGACGAAGGGCAAGAACGGUAAGCAGAGCAACGACCUCCACGAAGAAGCUGUUUCCUUCUUGUCGGAUGAUGAAAAAGCACCGGUCACCAGC